AUGGACUCCGGGGAUGUGCAAAGUUUGAGGCAGAACUUGAAGAAGAUAAGAGAGAUUACCGAAGCUAAAAGGUCUACUUUGGAGGAGAAAAUUCAGUUUAAGUUGGAUUUCAGGAAUAUUUGCUUGGAGACGCUGUCCACGUUGGAAAAUUAUGAGGAUUUGGCGAAAAGCCGCGCGAGACGACAACACGUCAAGCAGGUUUUAUUAAAUCUACAUAUAUAGGUAGAAAGUUGAAAAAAAUAAAAAUUUUUUUCCUAAAUUUUCUUUUGAAUGUUCAAAAAACUCUUCCAGGUUUAUUUCAUAAUUUGGCUUUUUUCAAUAUUUCUCACAAGCGCCCUCGAGAGGGCAAAAAAAAGCCGCAAGCCGUUUUUGUAUGACUUCCGGAUGAUAAAAGCAAAAAAUUCAGGUUUUAUCGGUUGAUUUUAUUGAACCGCCUUCUGAAAUUUGUCCUGCAAGUGUGUCCCUCGAAUACUCACAUUUGUACGAAGACUAUGCCUGCUUUGCUCUCAGACUUCAGAACACAUCCAAGGACUUGAAGCUGUGAGUUUGGAGUUCACAAUAGUCAGAACUGUUGUAAGAUUGUUUGAAAGAGGAAUGAAGAUUCCUUAUCGGCUAUAUAAGUUAUAGCCGUGCUACCUCUCUGUAAUGUAAUCGACUAGGCGGCGAAAAAGAACUUUUUAAGCUUGAACGAGCAAACGCCUUUGGCGAACUAUAAGUUCAAAAAAGUAGUUGAUCAAGUGAAAUUAAGGUUUAACGGUCCUUUGUCUUGUUCUUUUGUUAGUAGUUGAUCUAGUUUCGCCUUGAAGAGCUCGGAAUAAAGUGGGCGUGGUUGAUAAAGCCCGGAGACGUGAUUCAAGUGAAAGCUUUAAAAUGAAAGCAACCACACAGAAUGAAUACGUUAACUUAAAGCGUUUUCAAGAUUGCGAUCAACAGAAAUAUUCACUUAGACCUUCAGAGAGUGUUUGAGCAGAUCUUUAGAAAUUCAAGACCAUUCAAAUGGUUUGUAUUGUUAGAUUCUGUCUUACUUUUCAGAGUACCACAAUGCUCGGUUCUUCCCUCGUCUCCCCUAGUUCGUAUGCUCGUUUCCAACAAAUGCGAUUCGGUUGCCGAAAUUGUCGAUUUCGUCCGGUAACCCAAAAAAAAAUUCAUUCACCGCUCCUUGAGACAAAAUAAACUUCACAGACUACUACGCACAUUGAUUUAUCAUUAACGUGAAUACUCUUAUCGCAUUUGACUCAAGCCAGCGGUGAAUUAAUCAAAAUACUCCUUUUCAACUUCUCAACGCGUCAGACCCAUAUCCACGUGUCAAAUCCAUGUCGCUUUCCCGAAAGAGCUUUUCUACUCGUCGGAGAAGCUGGUGAUUGUCAUCGACUGCUUCCCGUUGGCCACGACUUCCGCCGGGUGAGAGCUUUCGCCUUUCUACCCUACUGGCUGGGAAAUGGUCUCACAGCUCAGUAAGAUUUGGAGCACUAGAUGCAGCUUUUUUUGAACGAUAGUUAUGAUUAUGGUCUGAGAAUGUCCCAUAGUGGUUGAGGUUCAUAGACAAGUUAAAUUUCAAAAUCAAAUGUCUCGACUCGUUUUACGGUGUGAAGAGUGGCAUACUUUCCACAUAGCUCGCUUCAAAAACUGAUUUCGGGAAAUAAAAAGAAUAAUUUAUGUGUGAUUUCUACCCAUUUUUUUGAUUUCUACCCCUCUUCCUACACAAAAGUUCAGUCCGACUUAAAUUAGACGAAUUUUAGCGACCACAUAGUUUCACGAACACAAAGGAGGUCAUUUUACUUUGCGGUUUGGAACUACCUCAUACUUGGUCAGAACAAUCCUUGAUGAUCCAAAAAAUCCAAGAAGUCUCAACCUGCGAAACUUUCUAGUUAUCGAGAAAGAAGGGCCCAAAAAUAGCAGGCUCAAAGUUUUAGGAUCAUUUUCUGGUAGAUCAGGAAGUGUUCCUGUCGAUUUUCAGAACAAUCUCAAACCGAAAAUUGAACUUCCUUCCUUAACAGCAAAUUCCGAGUACAGGUAAAAGUUUCUUCUGAUGACCUCAGUCUUUUUCGAAACUCCCACUAUUAGCUGAGACCGUACUCCAACCAGUUCCGUUUCAAAAUGGACUCACUUGGCAGCUUUCCUCCAAUCAGACCCAAUUUAGGGUACCAGCGGAUCUUCUCGCAUUCGCACUGUCUCGGACGCUAGCCGACGUCGUCUCCACGCCCUUCUCCCGUUGUGUCCAAGUCGACUUUCCCACGACCUCGAGCUCGCUCAGAGAUUUCGAGUAUGCCGACGAGCGACGUUCGUUUUUCUUCAGUAAAAUGUGCAAAAAUUUUAUUUUGGAAGAACUAUGGGUGGAAUUAUAAUUAUGAGGAUGAGAGGGGGACUGUGUUGAAUUUAUCAUCAAAAACUCGAGUUCAGUGAACUGGAUCACACUUUGGAUGGAUUCAACCCCGAAGUAGACUUUCAGUAAACUUUCAAUUUUUCUUUCGGGCCCAAAAAGCUGGACGGAAACCGAUUCACGUAUGAACUAGAUUUGUUUUUCAUCACGUUCAUCUAAUAAUUUGAUGUCUUCUAUGAAAACUGAAAAACUUCAGAAGCCGUGAAACUCAUGUCGUGUGUACGGGUUUGCAGCUCACGUCAGACCUUGAGCAAACCGAUUCCUCUCAAGGAUUUCCGUCGAUUUUUCCCGCAAUUCGUUGGCUGUGACUAUGAGACCUGGCAGGUUAGUCAUGAGACAUCGGAAACGGUUCGAAAGGACCUCAGAAUUCAGUUCUCGAAAAAAAAACCACCAAUUUUCCGACAGCUUAACGAAGAGCACUUGAAAAGAAGAACUUAGUUUUCGAAUUUCAGGAAAUUACUUUUACCCGAAGCGCUUUUUGUCGUCUUUGAGGUGCCAUGACUUGAAAAAAAAGAAAAGUAAUGAAAAAAUGUUUUAGCUGGAAUCAGAAUGUUUUAAAGAUUACCUCGACUGAGGUUUAAGAAGUUCCCAAAACUUUUUCUUUUUACUGUCUCAGCCAGCCAAUCAACAGACCCUCACUGCUACAAGAUUUGAAAAACACAUUUUGAAGGUUUAUUUGGGAACCGAGCGCUACAGCGGCUUGUUAGCUGUCGUCGACAUCAAAUCGCACUCUCUACAGAAUUUUCUUUCCAUGUUAGUUCAUUUUUUUAACCCUGAUUUAUAUGCUUUUCGCAGAAAUAAAUCGCAGUUGAUAAGUUUCGCCGCUUCGAUUUCGGAAGUUCAAAACAGAGAAGAAGCUGCGCAAUCGCGAAUCGAACCAGAAGAAAAACUCGGAAUCCAAGUUGCUGAUGCCAAUGACAGUUUCGAUAUCGAUUUCUAUUGA